AUGGAAGCUGACCCUGAGGGCGUUGCCACCUGCGGGGUGACAUCAGCAGAAGAAUCCCAUGGCGAGGGCCUGCCUGAGGACCACGCACGCCCGCCCCCGCCCCCUGCCUGCAGCCCCCGGGCCCGCACCCACCUGGGAGCAGAGCUGGUGCAUCACGUGCCGGAACUCGUGGAAGUAGGUCUCCAGCUCAUCGUGCUGCAGCAGGAAGGACGGGUCGGGCCGUCUGCUGAGACACAAGAGGAGUUUGUGGAUGAUUUUCGAGUUGGGGAGCGAGUUUGGGUGAAUGGGAAUAAGCCUGGAUUUAUCCACUUCCUGGGAGAAACCCAGUUUGCACCAGGCCAACGGGCCGGGAUCGUUUUAGAUGAACCCAUAGGCAAGGACGAUGGUUCAGUGGCAGGAAUUUGGUAUUUCCAGUGUGAGCCUUUAAACGGCACAUUCACCCGACCUUCAAAGUUGAUGAGGAAGAUACAGGCAGAAGACGAAGCCGACGGCCUGCAGACAACUCAUGCUUCCAGAGCGACUUCGCCUCCGUCCACUUCGACAGCCAGCAUGGUAUCCUCUUCCCCAGCACCCCCCCCCUCGAAUAUUCCCCAUAAAUCACCCCAGCCAACCGCGAAAGAACCUUCAGCUACGCCUCAGAUCAGCAACCUUACAGAAACCACCGGUGAAUCUAUUUCCAGCCUUUCGGAGGCUGGCUCAAUCAAGAAAGGAGAAAGAGAGCUCAACAUUGGAGACCGAGUAUUGGAGACGCGGGUUUGAUCCCUGGUCCGGGAACUGAGAUCCCGCAUGCCGAGGGGCGACCAAGUCCGUGCGCUCUGGAGCCUGC